AUGACCACGUCUAUACAAGAGAGCGUCAGUAGCGGAACCCUACCUGUUGCGACAUCGGAGGUCUCGUUUGGACCGGUCACGACCUCCGUCACCUCGGACAGCCAAGCAUCUUCCAGCGUUGCCAUCACCUCGCAGGGCCCUGUCGAGUCGGCCCUCACGACGGACGCCACAUCUGUCAGAUCAUCCGAGACCGCUGCCGAGCCGACGAGGACUUCGGCUUCCUCCGUCAUCUCGCCUUCUGGCAACUCUUCUAUAACGGGGGAGAUUGAGACUUCCACUCGACCCACUGGCACCGAGCCAAACGAGAGUAUCGCGACAGGAAGCGCUACAUCCUUGGUCAGCGGUACUGCCGAGUCUACAGCUCAAUCCGACUCGUGGACGAGCUGGGAGUCGUCGCAGUCGACAGCGGCAGCGACGUCUAGCUCUUUCCAGCCUUACGUUCCUACAGCUACAACCUUGAUCUUUGCCGCUCCGACUUCGACGACAUCAGCCUCAAGCUCGACCGCAAGCGCUACCCGAACCCAGGCGACGGAGCAAAGCCUUACCCUGACGCCGGAGACGACCUUGGUCAUGCCCUCGACGGCCGUGAUCGCUUCGAAUGUGCCGACUAUGAUCGUCCCGCCCAGUGAACCUACUACUACGACGAAAGCCGCAACCGAGACUGCUACGGCAUCUGAGGAUGGCUCCCAAACUACCGCAGGUUCCGCCCUGAUUAGUAUCCUAUUGAACUCGAACAACUACCCUUGGCAGUUCGUGGUCAAUAAUUCGGACGCAACAAGCCAGCUGUUUGUAACCUUCCCGGAAAUGCUCUCGACGGCUCUUGCGAUCGAUUCAAAAGAAGUCCGAACCUAUGCCCUGCAGGCCUAUUCCCCUGCCAGCUACAAUGGCGAUGGCACAGAAUUGCUCACCAAGUGGCUUGGUUACAUCCCGGCCGAUAGAGUGAAUGACCUCGCUCAGUACAUCAAGACUCCCAGCAGCCCGUUAUACAAUCAAGCUGGUAUUCCAGGCCAGCUUGCCCUACAGAUCGACUCUUCCUACCCGCUCGUAGGGUCUACCAAUACAGGCAACAACGGAUCCCCAACGUCCGCUGCGAGCGUUUCGAAGACCGACAACACGCGCAGAGACACUAUUAUCGGCGUUUGUGUUGGUGUAGGAGGAGCACUUUGGCUAGCACUUGCCGUUUGGAUCUAUCGCAGGGUCAAGCGGAAUCACGACGCGAAGAUCCACCGGCGUCUUUCUGAGCGAUUCUCCGUGAACGAUGGAGCGGCAUUCGCCGGGACCUAUCCCGCCAACUACAGGCACUCUAGGUCUAGCAGCCUGGCUGCAAGCGAGGUAGACGAUCGUCCAUCGUCCUUCUAUGCCAACGACGCCGACAACUUCCCAGCUGCGAGACGCAGACGUUCCAGCGUGUCUCAGGCAGUACGAGAAAGUGUCACUUUCGGCAAUCAGUCGCAUAGGCCUCCAAGCGGUAUCGGGUCUUCCUGGUUCCGCUCCAGUGGCAGUCAAUCCAACCGCCGGAUCUCGCGGGACUUCGGAGCGAACAACCCGACAUCUCCUCAGAUGUCGCAGAAUCCUUUUGCCGAUAUCGUGCAUCGCUCAUACCUCGAGAACGGACCCGCACCGCGGUCACCUGCAUGGCGAACUUCGACCAACGGUCGUCCAGUGGACAAGCGGUUGAUCGGAGCGCCGACUCUGCAGUCCAAUUCGCUGGAGUUUACGGGAUACAAGUGA